GAAGAAACACCUAUGAAGCUGAGAUGUUGAAUCCUCGUCACUUCUCUCAUUGAACGCAUGAUCAGAUUUGCUCUGGAAACUUGAUAGUAUUCCAUGGAGGAGCAGGCAGGCAGCUCGCCACUCUUUGCUGUGUUUGUCCUUUCGGUAUUCUCUCUUUUUCUCAUACCGUUCACUGUAUACAAGCUCUGCGUGGCAGCUGCGCCUGACGAGGUUGUGAAACCGUGGGAAUCGAAGAAGACGUCGGCGAUCAGCAGGUUUGCGGGGAGAUUCUUCACAGUCGAGAAUGUGCUGCUGGCUGUUGGAUGGUUGGUGUGGGUUGCCCUGGUGGUCUACGUGCAGACCCAAAGUGCCGACCUAGUGCCUUUUGAUCCCUUUGAAAUUCUCAAGAUCGACAGAGGGGCAACAGAGAAAGAGGUAAAGAAGGCGUACAGGCAGCUGUCGCUCAUAUUCCACCCCGACAAGAACCCGGACCCUGCAGCUGCCACCUACUUUGCCGAGUCCAUCACAAAGGCUUACAAGGCGCUGACAGACGACACGGCGCGGGAGAACUAUGAGAAGUACGGGCACCCAGACGGGCCCCAGGCCCUCAACAUGGGCGUGGCGCUGCCAGAGUGGAUAUUUUCGCGCGACAAGCACGCUGCGCCUGUGAUUUUGAUCUCCCUGAUCGGCAUCUGCAUCCUGCUGCCGCUGAUAGUGGCCGCCUGCUACCUGCUGCGCUCCAACAAGUACAUGGGGCCCAACAAUGUGGCCACCGAGACGCUGGAGAUCUUCCUCAGGUCGAAGUUUGCGGUGAAGGAGUCUCAGGGGCUGGCGCGCGUGCUGGACACGCUGGUGUUUGCGUACGAGUUCAUCAUGCUGCCCACGCCCUCCGACCAGGCCGAGGGCCUCGAGACGCUGCGCCGCACCAUGCUGCGCGUGCACCCAGACCUCAAGGAGAAGCCGCAGUUCUGGAAGCGCAAGCCGUCCAUUGUGAAGUGCAACAUGCUGCUGCUGGCGCAUCUCUCUCGCGCGCCCGUGCCACCCAUCUUCGCCAACGACAUGAAAUACGUCCUCAAAAAGUCGCCCCAGUUCCUGGAGGAGAUGAUAAACAUCGCGAAUCUGGCGCGGCCGCCGCAGGGGUACGGGUGGCUGUCGCCGACGGUGGGGUGCCUGGAGAUGGCGCAGUGCAUCACGCAGGCCAUGAGCAUCGUUGCGCGCAAAUCCCUCAGCCAGGGCGGCGCCAAGGGUGGCGCGGACACAAGUGUCCUGCUGCAGCUGCCGCACUUCGACUACGACGUGCUGAAGAAGCUGGGCCGCAAGAAGAUGCGCAGCCUGGCAGAGCUCGCAGCCAUGGACCCUGAGGAGCGCCUGGAGCUCUUCGUCACCUCUGGUCUGACGAAGCAGCAGGCGGAGGAGGCUGCCACGUCACUGCUGUCACUGCCGACUGUCACAUUGACAGAUGUGCAGCUACAGGUGGAAGGGGAGGCGGAUGGGACGCAGAUUGUGGAGACUGAUAUUGUCACCUGCUCUGUGCGCGUGGUGCUCUCACGGCCUUCCCAUGCAUCUCCAGAUACGCAGCCCCCCAAGGGGACCUCGGUGCUGGCGUACGCGCCGCUGUACCCCUACCCCAAGCCGGAGAAGUGGAACUUCAUCGUGGCAGACCCGGUGACCAACACCGUCUACACUCGCGCUGAAACGGCGCUUGUGGAAGCGGAGGCUGCCGGGCUGACGCAAUGCACAGCGCAGCGUGCCAAACAGCCGCUGCUGCUCACCGGGGGCGAAGGCGGCCGCCAGAGUGGGAAGAAGGAGGCAGGGGAGGUGCCGAUGACGGCCAAUGGCAGCAGCGCGGCGGCUGCCGAGAAGGGAGAGGAAGCUGCGCGUGCGGCUGAGUCAGCGGCGGCUGCGCCGCAGGGGCAGCUGGUGGAGGUCAAGUUCCGAGCGCCCAAGCCCGGCAAAUACGACCUCACUCUCUUCUGCGUGUCGGACAGCUGGGCGGGGUGCGAUCGGUCGGUGGCGUUCAAGCUGCGCGUGGCGGAGCAGACGCGCGCCGAGAAGGAGGGCCGCGGCGGGAAGGGGAAGAGUGACGCGCGCGGAGAGCACGCCUCGGGAGACGAGGCGGCCAGGGAUGACAACGCCGACGAACGGGGCGACAACGAGGACGAGGAUGACGAGGACGAUGAAGAGGAAGGUGACUGGGACAGCGAGGACAGUGGGACUGAGGAGAGCGGCUCAGAAGAUGAGGAUGAGGAAGAAGAGAAGGAAAAGGAUGGAAAAGAGAAAUCUUCUGAAAAGCAGUAAACCUAGAUGCUGGCAGACAGUGCUGGCAAUCGCACCACGGUUCAGUCCAGGUGUUCCCAAGGCUUUGAGAAGCAAAUCAGUCUGACUGCGCAGCAACAUCGACGGGGUCUCUAGAUGAGCAUGGCGUUUGUAUGAAUGGCAUGAUAGGACAGUUGCACGCCUUUUCUGCUGUUGAUGGGCCUCCCUGUAAAGACAAUGUCCUAG